AUGGCAGCCAGAAUUCUUCUGUUAUUACUCAUUUCUUUUUCUUUUUCUGUUGCAUUUGGAGGGGAUCCUAGCCCUCUUCAGGAUUUCUGCGUCGCAGACCUCGACAGCCCAGUCUUGGAAAAUGGCUUUAUUUGUAAGGAUCCAAAGCUGGUUAAAGCAGAAGACUUCUAUAUCAGUGGGCUGAACUUGAGAGGAAACACAUCAAAUCCUUUUGGCUCCUACGCCAACAGGAUCACAGUAAAGCAACUUCCAGGCCUCAACACUCUGGGCAUCUCAGUGGCUCGGGCAGAUUUUGCUCCAUUGGGAAUCAACCCUCCCCAUUAUCAUCCCAGGGCCAGUGAAAUUUUAACCGUCCUGGAAGGCACCCUGCUUGCAGGAUUUGUAACUUCCAAUCCUGAAAAUCGCCUGAUUACCAAAGUGCUUAACAAGGGCGAUGCUUUUGUUUUCCCGGCUGGCCUCGUUCACUUCCAGAAAAAUAUUGGACCUGGGUAUGCGUAUUCCAUUUCAGGACUCAGCAGCCAAAAUCCUGGAGUUGUUACAAUUGCGAAUGCGGUGUUUGGUUCAAAUCCUCAUAUUUCAAGUCAUAUUCUCGCCAAGGCUUUCCAGAUCGAUCAGAAAGUUAUUAAUCAAAUCCAGGAAGAGUUCUAG